GAAAUGUCUGUGCGUCUUAUGGAGCGAAUAUAUUGGGGCGGCCGGCCCGGAUUUCCCCCCGUACCUCCAGUGGUCCUACCUGUUCCUUGGUCCAGCGGUGUCCUCAGUCUUCUCUCCCUGACGCCAGCAUGGGCACCCGGCUGUGACAGCUUGCGGCUUCUCCUGUACUGUGUCCGCAGUCUCUGGUCAACCCCUGUACUGUGUCCGCAGUCUCUGGUCAACCCCUGUACUGUGUCCGCAGUCUCUGGUCAACCUCCUGUACUGUGUCCGCAGUCUCUGGUCAUCUCCCUGUACUGUGUCCGCAGUCUCUGGUCAUCUCCUGUACUGUGUCCGCAGUCUCUGGUCAUCUCCUGUACUGUGUCCGCAGUCUCUGGUCAUCUCCUGUACUGUGUCCGCAGUCUCUGGUCAUCUCCUGUACUGUGUCCGCAGUCUCUGGUCAUCUCCUGUACUGUGUCCGCAGUCUCUGGUCAUCUCCUGUACUGUGUCCGCAGUCUCUGGUCAUCUCCUGUACUGUGUCCGCAGUCUCUGGUCAUCUCCUGUACUGUGUCCCCAGUCUCUGGUCAUCUCCUGUACUGUGUCCGCAGUCUCUGGUCAUCUCCU